GGGGACGCAUAACUUUUCCUCUGGGUGUUUGUUUGCGCACUUUUUUUUUCUCAAGCUACGGAUGGACGGAUACUAGCGGAGCCCGUGGAGCCGCCUGCGGGGGCUCGGCCGUGCAGUGUUGAAAUCAGCGGAAACGCCUGUGCGGUGCGGUGCGGGGCAGGGUUUCCGCACCACCCACGUCUCAUGUGCGGUUCACUCGCGGAAAAAAGUUGUGGACAUGUUUUCCCGGAGCUGCACGGUUUUACGCACACGCCGCGCGACGUCGUAGCCGUUCACGCGUCUCUCCUGCGUGCGUGGACUUCGCAGCAGCUCUUUCCUGCUAUUCUCGAAUCUAAACCCGCCUGUUCGCCAUAUUUGUGCGCAGAGAAACUCGAGGGAAAGUUGUCAGAGUUAUGACACUCGCUGCGCACGAUCCCUCCGCGGGGCUGCACGCAGUCGACUUUGAUCGGAACCAAAGCAGCUCCAUGGAGCUGGAGCUCCGUGCACCAUUGAUGAGGUCUGGCAGCCUGGAGAGGAUGAGAAGAAUGGACAACAAACCUCAGAUUUGAUUCUACAAGAAGGACGGUUGCAUGUUCCCCACCCUGCACUUUCCUCUGGGAUUUAUAUUUCCUCCAAAAUACCUCUGUGUACACAACUAAACGAAACAUUUCUCGACUGCAGGCCGAGACAACACACUACAGAGGCGAUAACUUCAGAUUUGCACACCCAAUUAAAGACGGAGAGCGGUGACAUUUUUGUUCAUUAGAACAUUAGUAUGAGUCUCCCGCCUCAAAUCAACACGGACAAGAGUGGCAAGCAUCAGGCUGCAGCCAUGAAGGAGUCAGUGCAGCAUUCAGGGGAGGUUUACUAUGGUAUGGGACCUCCCACUCUAGAGUCGAGCCACAGUGACUCUGCGAGCAGCUCUGCUGUUUAUAACCCCGAUAAAGGGCCCCCAAGUUUACCACACUACCAGCAGGCUGCUCCAGUAAAGUGGACACACCAGGACUCCAUACAGGCCCCCGGCUGGUCUCAGGAAGCCCCCGUUCCAGCCUGGGGGCAGAACUUUGGUCCCUACAUGGGUGGGGUGAACGUCAGGGGUCAGAUGGCGUUCCACAAAGGAGUCCACGAAGGUGUAACUCUGCCAGUGGGUGGAGAGAAUCAAGUGCCCGCACCCGCCGAGGCUUAUAGAGAUGCCAACCAGGCACCAGCUCAGGGGAGGGGGCUCGAGUGGGAGCAGCACGCUGUGGCUGCGAUGCAACAGGCGCAGCUGCAAGCAUACCAACAUGGCCACAAAGGUGCGGAGCUCCAGGGUCAGCCCCACGUGCCGCCUCACGCUUUGCAGGGGUCCAUGCUGCAGCCCUUCCAGUCGACAUUUCGACCCAGCAAGCAGCAGUUCUCCUCUGGCUAUUACUCAGUUUUUCCAGGGAACAAGGCCAUGCCGAGCCUGGCCUACGGAGAGCAACAGAAAACUCAACAACAACUGCUUCACCAGAUGCAGCAGCAAAAAAUGCAUCAUCAUCACCAGCAGCAGCAGCAACAACAGCAGCAGCAGUUGCAGCAACAGCAUCAACUUCAGAUGCAGCAGCAGCAACAUCUGCAGCAACACCAGCAUCACCAUAUCCAACAUCAUCAAAUGCAACAGCAACAGCAACAACUGCAGCACAUGCAGCAGUAUCAUCAGCAGCAUCAGCUUCAGGGGCGACAGCAGCAAAUGCAGCAAAUGCAACAACAGCAGCAGCUGCAGCAAAAUGUGCCACAGCAAGAUGCAACAACACAACUGCAGGUGCAACCAAAACAGCCACUGACCCAAAACUUUGUAGGCUAUCAGUCUCCUGAACCCUGUCCUCCUGAGGUUGCAUCUAAAAAGGAGGAGGUCGGCUCAGUGGAGCCACAGACUCAAACCUGUGACUCAUCAGCCGUAUCUGAACCUGGUCCCGAAAAGGGCCCCGCAGAUCCUGAAGAGGCCUCAGACUCACACCCGGCGGCCCCACGGCGCUCGCGUCGCCUUUCCAGAGAAGGACAGUCCCCACUGGGUCCCCCUCCGACGAACAUCUGGCCUCAGGGCUCCAAAGAACCUUCAGCGUCCCAGAACGGAGUGGCGGGCGAAAAGAGAGGAGGGGAGAGCCAGGUGGCCACAGGAGGCGUCAUCCAGAUCACCCGCCGGAGGAGGAGGGCGUCGAAGGAGAUCAACCUGGAGACUCUUGCACAGACGGCUUCGGAAAGGCAAAAAAUGGUCAAGGAAGAUGGUUCCUCCGUCAGACAGGCCACCAUGGUGCCCCUGGUCAUCCCCGUGUCUGUGCCGGUGCACAGGAGUCCGAUGGAUCCUCUGGGCCUCUGGGCUCAGGGUCGACUCGGCCAGGGCGAGCGUCCGACCGCGGCGCUGUCCGACCGCAUCCCCUCCGUCAUCGUGGCUCGCCGGCGAUCGCUCAGGAACUCCAUGUCUGAGAGUCUUGGCCAGGUUAGUUCGGAUGGAGAGAACGAUCCAGGGCCGGAUGCGGAUGGAAAAUCCAAAUUCAAGCGUCGCCCUCGCCCGGAGCCUCUCAUCAUCCCUCCUCCCAAACCAUCCACCUUCAUCGCUCCAUCCAUCUACUCCAGCAUCUCCUCCUACCAGAGCAACCUGCGCUCCCCGGUCCGUAUGCCAGACCACCCCCUCAUACUGCCCCCCUACACGCCUCCACCCAUCCUCUCUCCUGUGCGCGAGGGCUCUGGACUCUACUUCUCCACCUUGAUGACCAGCAUCGCCGUCAGCAACCAGAUCCUGCCUCUGCCGCCAACGCCCAAGACUGCGACGCGCAGCCUGUUGCGCUCUGCUAGUUCAGAUAUUACUCCCCCUGUCCUGCCCAUGAUCACUGAUGUCACACCAGUUAGCCUGGAACCGCGCAUCAACAUCGGACAGCAGUACCAGGCAGAUAUUCCUGAUCUGCAGGAUCAACUUUCCUCCCAGUUUGACCAGCUCAAGGCCGACUUGGUUUGGGUCCCUGUGGAAAACUCUAACCUGAAACAUGGCGACCAGGAGAGCAUGGUUGAUUUGAUGAACAUGGCUUGUUCCAGUGUGCUCACAGGGGGAGGAACCAAUCAGGAGCUGGUUUUACACUGUUUACAUGAAUGUGGAGGGGAUUUUCUUGAAACAUUGGGACGUUUGAUGCUUCAGGACCCUGUUUUUCCCAGAGGCCAUACCCUGGCUGGUUAUCACUACUCAGGCUCUGACAGCUGGACGGCAGAAGAGAAGCGCUACUUCAAUAAGGGCAUCUCUGCCUACAGGAAGGACUUCUUUCUGGUGCAGAAACUGGUGCAGACUAAGACUGUGGCUCAGUGUGUAGAGUUCUACUACACGUACAAGAAGCAGGUGAAGAUCGGACGGAAUAGUAUUUUAACCUUCGGGCCUCCAGACUCGCCAGGGGAGAAACAGGCAGAGGCUGUGGUGGACAUCAAGGGCUCCCAUCAGUCCAAACUGGCUCUUGGAGAGACGGGUGGGGACGACAAGAAGGAUCUGUCUUAUGACCAGAUUACUGAGAGAGACCAUCAGGCGAGCGUUGCUCAGUCACUACAGGCUCAUGACUAUGCGGGAACAAUGCUGGUGAUCAAAGAGCCAGUCGCUGUGAAUAAGGAGGCUCAUCGCCCGGCGGCACAUCCCAGGCCUCGGGCCGACCCUGUGGCAAAGAAGCCCAGAGCCCCGGCAAAGCCACCGCAGGAUCCGGACGCAGUGUUCCCGUGCAAGAAGUGUGGCAGGGUGUUUAAUAAGGUGAAGAGUCGAAGCGCCCACAUGAAGAGUCACGCCGAGCAGGAGAAGAAGGCGGCGGCGCUGCGUCUGAAAGAGGAAGAGGAGCAGGCGGCGGCUGAAGCUCGAGCCAGGAAGGUGGCGGCAGCGGCAGCAGCGUCGACGGCGGCGGCUGCCAAUCAGGGGGGAAAUGGGAAUGGAGUGACCGAGCAGGUCAGCAGCCAUGAAGAGUCAUCGGAAAGAGAGGAUGACGAUGAUGAGGAUUGGCGCUAAGGAAUAAAACUCAAUGAGGAGAUUGAUGAUUGGUAAAUGGAGGGGAAAGAGGGCAAUUGAAUCAGAAAAGGGAGGAAUAAAAAAAAAAAAAACUACACAGCCAUGGAGAGCAAGAGCUUCUCACGUCUUCCUGUUCAUCUUCUCACUCCGUCAUCUCUUUGACCAUUAUUCAGCUUUACACCGUUAACCAGGCGGUCACACUCCAACCCUUCGCAUUUGUAUCUUUUAAAUAUUCAGAGAAAGUUUAUUUUUUUGUAAAUGCACUUAUACUGUACGCUUCUGCUUUUUUGCCAAAAUUGCCUUUUUUAUAUCAAUUAUUUAAUUGAAUAUACGUCGAAAAUAUUGUAACUUUUUCAUUGAGAGGACUUCAUCAGAUAAUCAGGGUGUCUCUUUAGCAAUACAAACGACAAGAUCAAAAAAAUAUAUAUGUUUCACUUUAUAGCCAUGACCCUUUUAAAUAUAAUUAGAUCCCAUAUUUAAAAAUCUUUUCUCUUUGGAAAGUGUAGUUCUUCAGAUUCCCAUCAGGUCUCAGGUUAGUUGUUCACUUGCUUUCACAACUAAGGGACCUUUUUGAAAUGAUUCUGUACAAAAAAAAAGUAUAUAUGAGAUGUCGCCAUGUAUUUAUAAUGAUGCAUUUUUCAAUGAUCUUUGGUAAUAUAAAAACUAAUCAUGUCAUCUGCAAUAUGACUUGUGAAUUGAAAAGUUUAUUAAAAUCACUACUGUUGUGAAA